AUGUCUUUUCCUACUGCUUACCGCGAUUCUUCAACUGCUCUUUCCCCAUUUUAUGUUCCUGAUGUCCCGCCCACUGUGGCGUUUGUUAAACGCAAGCGUGAACAUGUGGUGUUCCUCAGCACGUUGCAAGUGAUCCACUUGAACUUCACGAAUGAACGAAAGCAUGAAGCUGAAACCGGCGAUGAAGAGCUCAUGUCCAAGAAGCGACCACGGUAUGAGAACAGACCAGUGGUUGAAGAUAUUGAGAUGCCACUCCGCGAACGAGAAGAAGGUGUCGUUCCUGUGCCACCAGCUUGGCCAGUUCUGGCCAUUGCGCAAGACCAAGCGCAAGCGGAGUUCACUAAGGUGCCCUAUGCCGCGAAGAACGAUUGGCCAGCGGAAGCACCGGCCGAGGUGGCCACCCAGUUGACCGAAGAAGAGAACAAGGAGGAAGAAGAGAACGAGGAAGAAGAUGAAGACAAGUUCUUUUACGCAAAUGAGCUAGGAAGAGGAAGCGUUCCAACCAAAGGAACAAGAGGAAGAGGUGUUUGUCGACGUCUCUUGGCAUCCGGAAUGGAUUGUUCUGGACACGCCAGAAGAAAUGUCCGCACCUUCGAAGUGACCAUCGCUGCCGACAACGUGGCAGCAAACCAUUUCAGAAGAGAAUAG